GCUGGAUCAUACGAGUUGUUGCAUGAUUGGCGCAAGGCAGGAUGCAUUGGCAUGUUGUCUGCCGCCUACGAGCAGAACGGGAAGUCUCGUGCAGGUGGCAUUACCAUGGGCACUUUGAAGAAGUAUAAGGUUCAGUCGAUGCGGCAUUUGGCGUCGUCGCCAUCGGACCAGGUCGGGCUUCGUGACCUGGAUCGGCGUCCAGAGGCCAUGCCAGGCAUCGGCUUCCGUGAUAUGGUGGCUAUGCAGCUACGGGCCCAGGGCCAGUCGUUGUUGAUCGUUGGUGUGUACAUGACCUCUUCGAUCGGGCCGAAGGCAAACGCUCCCAAGCUCGCUAACGUUGGCACUUUGGUUUCGACGGUUCAAGGGCCGUGGCUUGCCAUCGGUGACUGGAAUAUGACCCCAAAAGAGUUAGCUGGUACGGGGUGGUUGGGUCUUGUGAAUGGCAGUGUGAUCGUUCCGUCUAACACUGAGUACACGUGCACGUUGGGUUCAGGGCGCAUGUUGGAUUAUAUCGUGGCUUCUCCGCAUGCAAUGCCAUGGGUCGAGUCUCUCUUGGCGGACUUUCAGGCGGUGGAGGGGGCGGGCAAGGCCCAUUAUGGGCUCCAGCUCAGCCUCAACUUCGACGCCUGCCGUGCCAGAGCGUGGCUCAUGAGGCGCAAGCUGGCCAUCAAGAGCCCGCCUCCGUUGCAGUACGCCCUUUUCGAGGAGGAGGAUGACGAGUUUCUCACGGACGGGGAGGACACGGACGUCCCUGACGAGGAUGAUGAUGUGCAGGUGGCCGUCUCUGAUUCGGAAGUGGACACGCAUGCUUCGAUUCAGUUGGAGUGGUCGUCCGAGGCGAAGGACCUGUUGUGGCAGCAGGUGGCGCCCGCAGUUUCGCGUCGACCCGUUCCUGAUUUUGUUCAGCAGUCGUUGGCGUUUCAGGCGGCCGAGGAGGAAGCUUAUGACCUCGGGGAUGCUUUCGCGUCUUGGGUCUCAACCAUGGAGUUGUAUUAUCUUGAAUUGUAUAAGGUGGACCCCUUGGCGAGGAGGCAGUACCGUGGUCGUGACUCCUUGCGGGGCCCUCAGUUGGGAGUCUAUGCUGGAAGUAAGCCUUACCCUACUGCCGCUGAUCCCAGUGCUCGCUGGUGGGCCUCUGUGGCUAACCUGCUGGAGGAGUUGGUGGGCCAGAAGGGGGAUAAGCGCAAUCUCCCUCGGGCUCGGCAUCUUCGUGACCAGCUCUCGCAGCUGGAUGGCUCCAUCCCGUCCACGCAGAUCGUUCCCUUGCCUGCCCGUCGUCGUGAUCGAUGGCUUCGCGGUCUACGAACUCUGGAUGGGGCGACCUCGGAGUCUCUGGCGACCUUCGCUGCUGGGGCGCGCAGGGCCUCGGACCAGGCCCUGCGCGCUGUCGCUCGGCAGCGUCACCACGCUUUUCGCGAUUGGGUCCAUCAGCAGGCUGUUCUGGGAUGUGGCGCUCUGCAUCGGUUUGUGCGUGACCCCACGGCCGAGGUCAGCGAGGUCAGAGUGCACGGCGAUACGUCUUUGGAUGCGGCCUCUGUGAUGGAGGCCAAGGCGGCGCUCUGGAGUGCGAUAUGGACGCCAUCCAACGUCGUCGACGACCAGGCGCUCCGCGUGCUGCAGCGGGCUCGGCGGCUGGCGCUUCAGGACGAGCUGGAGCCCCUCACUCUGGUCCAGCUGGAGGAGGCGCUCCGUGCUGUGCCACCUCGGAAGGCGCGCGGCAUCGAGUCGGUCGGCCAGCGGGACGUCUGGUGGCUGCCUGAGUCUGGCCGCCGUGCGCUACUCGAUUUGUUUCAUUUGAUCGAGGCCAAGGUUGCUUGGCCUUGGCAGUGGCUCACCGCUAUCGUUGUUCUGCUUCGCAAACCUGAUGUGCGCAAGGAUCGCGCCAUAGGCUUGCUCACCUGGUUGGGUCGUUUGUGGAGCCGCAUGCGGUCUCGCCCUGCGGAAGUGUGGGCUGCGGCUCGCUCUGGUCCUUGGGACGCCGCAGUUCGAGGCAACAGCGCUCUACGAGAGGCUCUGCUCAGGUGCUAUGCCGACGAGGCUGCGCUUGCCUCAGUCCUGCCUGAGUAUUGCUCUGCCUCAGUUUUGUGGGAUGUGGAAGCGUUCUAUGACACCAUUCGAUGGGAUCGCGUG